AUGCUGUUAUUAUGUUUUAAAGAUAUUACUCUCCAAAACUUCGAAAAUGUCGAAGUCAGUGGAAAAAUUCAAGUUGAUUCACUCAUUUAUGAUAUUGAAUCUGAUUUAUUCACACGUAUACAUGGCGAUAAUAUCAGAAUUGACAAUAAUUAUCAGAACAACUCAUAUACAAUCGGUCUUAAGAACACUGACAAAGCAAAACACGAAAUCUCAGUUGAAAUUAAACUCAAAAUCGACUCCAAUCUUUGCAAUACUACACAUAAUGACGAAUACUUUACUAUAUAUAACGUAUAUGAGAGCCAAAUUUUUGAAAUUGACACUAAUAACGCAUAUCUCACAAUUAAUGAUAAUGAAAUUUUGAUAGAAACACCCAAAAGGAUUAUUAAUCCUCAUUGUUAUGACAAAUUUCUCCUUUUCAAACUAUUUAAAAGCUUUACUUACCAAAAAUAUCCAAAAUAUGUUCUUAUUCCGUUAUUUUCAAAGCAAAGUAACUAUCCAAAAUUGAUUAAUCAAAUAGAAAUCAAGUUUGAGUACAUUCAGAAAGAUUUUGAAGCUAGUAACAUCACUAAUAAUCAUUUUUUCAUUGAAUAUUCAUUUUCAUCCCAAUAUUCAUCAGACAAUUCAUUCUACUUCAAAGAGAUAUUUCUUAAUAGAUCUAACACAUUUGUUUUAGAAAUACCAAACAGAAUAAAUCUGAGAAACAAUAAAAACAUUCUUUUACGAUUAUUUGAUAUAGAAAACAAUACAACAAGUCCAUUCUCAGUAAUCCCUAUCAACAACAAUGAAAAUAGUGUUUCACUACAAAGGAAAUUGUUAGAAGUUUAUCCUUACAUUAGAUUCGAUCAAAAUAAUAUUUCGUUCCUUGAAGGAACUAUUUCAAUAACAGUAACAGGAACAAUAGAUAAUGGUGAUUUUGAAUUUAAUACAAAAGCUUACUAUAUGACAGUACGUUCAGAAACGGGUGAUCUUGAUAACUAUCAAUAUGCAACAAAAUUCUUUGAUGAAACAUUCAGAAACACUCAUCCAUUUUCUGUAAAUAUUCCAGUUAACAGUUACGAAGUUGGAACUCACAAGCUUUAUUUUAGAGGUGAUAGAGAUGGAGUUCAUGGAACAAUUUAUGAAUUCCGCUUUACAGUAAUAAAAUAUACAAUUAUUCAAAAAUUUACAAAAAAAGCAGAAUACAAAUCUGGAAUUGAUGAGUAUAUUAUAUUUGGAAUUACAAUUUCAUCUGAAAUAAACAAAGAAUUUUCAUUUUCAUAUGGUAUUGAUUCAUUAAGUACAAAUACAACAAUUUCAUUAACAAGUAAUCCACCACUAUUGAUGUGUUCUAUUCCUCUUCCAACCCUGAGUAUUGGAGAUCAUUAUAUUAAAUUUAGAGUAGACACAAUAGAAGAUCAAAUUCCAUUUAAAAUCAUUGAUAGUUCAUCACCUGAGCUACAAAUUUUGACAACAACAACAUCAUCUAAUCCAAUAUUAUAUUACAAAGGAAUAACAAAUGAAAUUUCAAUUGAAUAUCAAAUGCGAGAUGAAGAUGGAAAAGGAAGUUUUUCAGUUUAUCAUUCGCUUGAUAACGGUGCAUUUACAAAAAUAGAUGAUUCAUAUAAUAUCAAUGAUGCAUCAUGGUAUCGAAAAUCUUUUAGUAUCUUAAAUUCAUUAAUUUCUCCAUCAGAUGAAACAGUUCAUUCUAUUUCAUUUUAUCUUAAAGAUAACUUAGGAAAACAAUCAACACAUCAAGUUCUUUAUUUCAAAUAUAUGAACAAUCCUAUUAUCAGUUUACAAGAAGAAAUGAAAACAACACUUACAUAUCAAGUAGAUCAAACAAUUGAUAUCAAACUUAUUUAUCGCGAUGCCAGAGGAAAUGGUCGAUUGACUAUUUACACCAAUAUUUAUGACAUUAAUAAUAACAAUAAUAUUGUUUCACAAAAUAAUUUACCAAUUGAUAUUGAUUCAUCCACUGAAAAAUCAACAACAAUCGCAGUUAAUAUUAAUAGAUUAACAUAUGAAAAACAAUAUAAAAUUGAAAUCAAAGGAAUUAAUUCAAAUUCUGAAGAAACAAAUUAUAUCAUUCAUCAAUUUAUUAUUCAUCUUUCAUCUCCAGUUUUAACAAUCACAACAACACCACUUUUAUCAUACACUAAAACCAAAGACCAAUUUAUAUCUAUUUCAGGCAAUGUCAAAGAUAGUAAUCUUGGUGAAGUAAGAUUGCAAUACAAAUAUGAUAAUAAUAAUGAAUUUCAAGAAUUUCAUUUAUUAAACAUCGGAAGUGUUACCGAAACUAAAUCAUUUACAGAAAACGUUCCUAUUGAUCAAACACUUUCCGAAGGUUCACAUUCAUUAACAAUCAGAGCCAUUGAUUCAUACAAUAAAUACCAUGAACUUUCACCAUAUCAAUUCACUUUUAAAUAUAACGUUCCUGAACUUGAAAUCAUUGACAGUUAUGAUCCAUCCAAUCCACCACUAUAUAUUAAAGGAAUUAAUGGUACUUUAAGUAUCAAUAUAAAGGCGACAGACUAUAACAAGGUUGAAUCAUUAAAGAUCGAUUUUUCAAUAACUAAUACAGAUUACUAUGGAACACCAUUCAAUAUUCAAAUGAAAGGCGAAAUCAGUAAAGUGUUUCCAUUAAUUUUUGAUAUUCCUACAGCAUUAUCUGAAAAUGUUUACUACCUUAAGAUUUUGGCAACAGAAAUUAAUGGUAAAACAUCAGUUGUAAAGUCAUAUCCAUUCAAUUUUACAUACAACAGACCAGUACUGAAAAUAAUGAAUCAAAUCAAAAAAUUAUAUUAUAGAGAUACAGAUAAAUAUGUACAUAUUUCAGGCGAAGUUCAUGAUAUAAGAUGUAAUGGAAGUGUGAUUGUUUCAUGUAAUGUUUAUGAUACAAAUAAUAAUGUUAAUAGAAAAACUAAUACAAUUGUUGACAUCAAACCAGAAUGUUAUAAAAGUUUUUAUCUUCGAAUCCCAUUAUCACAUGUUUCUGAUGGCCAACAUCAAUUUUCUCUUAGCUCAAUUAACAAUGAAAAUGAAGAAUCAUAUCCAUUUUUAUUCACUGCAAAUAUCUCUUUUCAAUAUCUUCCAUCAAACAUUGAGGAAGUUAAGAAGUACAAAGUUCGAACCAAAUUUUCAAUAUUAGCAACUAUUGCUUCUUUAACUAGAAAAUGA